AUAUGUAGAUAGAUAUAUAAAUUUUCAUUAGUUUCAGGAAAUUUGGAAACAAAUAAAAUCACGAUACAUGUCGUCAAUAACAGUUAAAAUUCUUGGUCAUUAUCCCAAAUUUUGUAUCAAUGAUAAAUCCAAGUCUUGAGAAAGAUAUUAUUUCCCCUUGCAUUUGUGAUGAAAUGAUGAAGCAGCAGGCAGCAGCACCACAAUUGUCCAAUGCAAAAAUUUACGUCCAAAAGUUGAAGAAAUGGGCCAGAAAAAUCCAGAUAACUAAACUCCCACGUGGGAUUCUCCAAUCCACAUUUUCAGCCCCGAAUUCCCUCUACCCCACAAUUUUAUCCACUCCUUCUUAACACAUAUACCACUGGUUUUUUUCUUCCCUAGCUUAAGCUUUUCCAGAAUACAUUUCAACAUAUCAAAUGCCCUUCUAAAAACAAAUAUCUGAGCUACUAGUAAGCAAGUAUUUUCCUUCUCUUCAACAAUGGGGAACUCAAACUAGUACUCUCAGUUUUAGCUUCUUCUUAUUCUUUUCGUUUACGCAAAACUUCGAACAGCUUCUGGUCUUACCUCAAUGGCUCUCCCUCAGCUAAUACCUUCUCACUCUUCUUCUUCACUCACUCACCAGCCUUCCAUAAACCCUAACGCAGCCAAUCCAUACCCCAUGUUGAAGUCCUUUUUGAAGCCAUCUUCUCUCUCUCAAUCUCGCAGGUUUCACAGGCUCAGCUCUCUUCGAGCUUCGGCCUCUUCCUUCCCCGAUCAUGACCAAACAGAUCCUUCUAAACCAGACGACGUCGUAGAGCUCCCUAUAUUCCCUCUGCCCUUGGUUCUCUUCCCCGGCGCUAUCCUCCCUCUCCAGAUUUUCGAGUUCCGUUACCGCAUUAUGAUGCACACGCUCCUCCACACCGACCUCCGCUUUGGCGUCAUUUACUCCGACUCCGUCACCGGCACCACCGACGUCGGCUGCGUCGGCGAGAUCGUCAAACAUGAGCGUCUCGUCGAUGACCGCUUCUUCCUCAUAUGUAAAGGCCAGGAACGGUUCCGUAUCACCAACGUUGUCCGUACGAAGCCUUAUCUUGUCGCAGAAGUCAAUUGGCUCGAAGACCGACCCUCCGGGGACGAAGAUUUGGAAGGAUUGGCCAGCGAAGUGGAGACUUACAUGAAAGACGUGAUUCGGUUAUCGAAUCGUCUUAACGGGAAACCGGAAAAGGAAACGCUGGAUUUGAGGAGGAAUCUGUUUCCGACCCCUUUUUCCUUCUUCGUGGGGAGCACAUUCGAAGGGGCGCCGAGAGAGCAGCAGGCUUUACUGGAGUUGGAAGACACUGCCACCAGGUUAAAAAGAGAGAAGGAAACUUUAAGGAACACCCUUAAUUACUUGUCGGCCGCCUCGGCCGUGAAAGACGUGUUUCCCUCUUCGUGAUGAGGACUUUAAUCAAGCGAAAAAUUUCAGUGAAUAUAUAGCUAUUUUGAUGCGUAAUUCGUUAUACACGAACUGUAAAUUACGGAUAUGGAAUCUCUGCUUGUUUUUUCAAUUAGCUAUUGCUCCUUGUUAGCCACUUGAAUGAAUUAUUGAUAUUAACAUGGUUGAAGCAUGCAGUUAAGACUUUUUCGCUGCAA